AUGAUAAUUGACAUGGAUGCCCAUCUACAAGAAUUCAAACAACCAAUCAAGGCAUACCACAUCCUCUUCCAGAAUCCAAAUUCCUUCCUCUGCAGCUCAGAGACCAUGUAUGUAGGCUCACGUGCUCUUCACGUGCCCUACGAUGAAGAACUCCAGCCUGGUCAAACUUACUUCCUCAUGCCAUUGCCAUCCAAGUCCCAGCAGACACCACUUUCUUUGCAAGACUUGUGUGCUUUAGCCAUCAAGGCUAGUACAGCUCUCAAUAAUUCAGUCAAGAUUUCUUUCAAGACCUAUCAGAUAAAGCAGCAGCAGGACCACAAACUGUGCUACCAAUUUUCACAGAAAAAUCCAUUCAGAGAAUCAGAUUCUGAUACUUAA